CUGACAGCUGGGGGCUCGGUCUGGCCUGAGUCUUGGCCACUGCCGUCAGUCAAGUGCGGAACUCUCAGCUGUGUGGAUCGUGAAGUGCGGAAUCGGAAAAGCGGCAGCCAAAACGCUCACGGCUGAACGCUGAAAAAAGCCUCGCUACCGUCACGCACCGUGCAUGCCACAGCAACAGCUACAACUACUACAACAGCAACAAGAACAAGUACAACGUAAAGCAAAAAUGUAAACCAUAAAUAGAGAAUCCCCACAACAACAAAAACUACUACUACUACUACUACUAACUGCUGCAGCAACAACAAAGAGCCGCUGCGAGCAGUGGCAGAAAUCAUAGCAUACCGUCAGGCGCACGUUAACUUAACAUGGUUUGCAUACUGCACGGAUAUUACGAUGCACAGCCUAAAAUGCGUUUUAGCCUCUCACCACCGCCGCAGAAAGCCAUUACCAGUGCCCGCCUAACCUCGCCCAGCAGCAGCACCUCCACCAGGAGCACCACCACCAUCACCACCCCCGGCAGCAACAAUAGAAGCCCCAGCAGCACCAAAGCCACCAUGCUGACCCGCAAUGGCGGAGGCCACGGGACCAGCCCCACCGCCUCCGGAUCCGGGCACGCCCCAUCCGCCUCCGCCUCCGCCGCUGCCGACGAUGAAGCCACCUCGGACUACAACCAGUGGCUGCAUGCCAUGAAACUGGUGGCCCGCCUGCCCGGAGGCACUCCACCCGAGUUCCGACGCAAGUUGUGGCUCUCGCUGGCGGACAAGUACCUCAAGUCGAAGAACGUGGACUGGGCGCAGCAGCGGGAGAAGUGCUUCUGCGAGGAGUGGCGCGAGGACGACGAGGAGCUGGGCAUACAAAUCGUCAAGGAUCUGCAUCGCACUGGCUCGAAUCUGUGCACCGGUCCCGCGGGCUCCAUAAACCAGGCCAAGCUGAAGCGCAUUCUUCUGGGCUAUGCGCGUUACAACCCCGAGGUGGGCUAUUGCCAGGGCUUCAACAUGCUGGGCGCCCUCAUACUGCAGGUGAUGGACAAGGAGGAGGAGGAGUCCAUGAAGGUCAUGAUCUACCUGGUGGAGGGCGUUCUGCCCACGGGCUACUUCUACGGCUCGAUGGGUGGCCUGCAGGCGGACAUGGGCGUCUUCCGGGAGCUGAUGCAGACGCGACUGCCACGGCUGGCGAAGCACCUGCAGCGCCUCCAGGGACCCGUUGAGAAUGCCUUCGAACCGCCGCUAACCAAUGUCUUCACCAUGCAGUGGUUCCUGACCAUGUUCUGCACCUGCCUGCCCAUGUCCUGCGUCCUGCGCGUCUGGGACCUGGUCCUAAUCGAGGGUAGUGAUGUCCUGCUCCGCACCGCCCUCGUCCUUUGGAGUCUGCUUGAAGAACGUGUGAUCAGUGUCCGGUCUGCCGAUGAGUUCUAUGGCAAGAUGGGAUCCUAUUCCAGUGAACUCCUCAAUGGCCAUCUCGUGGACUCAAAUGGUCUUAUUGAGCGUGUGGUGAAGCUAGGACCCAUUGCGGAUUUGCGACAGCUGCGGGAUAAGCACCUCUACAACAUUGCCCCACUGCGUCACAAACAGGGAUUGCAGCUCUACUACGACGAGGAGGACACCCAUUCGGAUGAGGAGCGCUUGGCGGUGGCUACGGUAUUCGGCUUGAAUUGGGGUAGACGUGGAUCUGUGGGUCCUGCGGCGGCGGGAAAGCAGCAAGUGGAGCAGAAGGAUCGCCUGGCCUUGGAUAUAUCCCUGCUGAAGAAGCAGUACGAUAGGCUGCGCGAGCGCCAGAAGCAGGCCCAUGUCAUCCUAACCACCGCCUGUUCCACGGCAGCCCGUCAAGGAUCGGGUCCAGCUAGCAGCGCCCAGUCGUCGGUUCCAGUGAACCAGCUACUUCUCGGUCGCCCUGCAAUAGUGACCAACAAGGGAAAGCGGAUUGGAGCACCACUAGGCGCCAUUCCGCCCGCUCGAAAGCCUUCCCUUCCCGCUGUCCUCCAUACCAAACCAGCCACAGAGAAACAGUUGCGAAGGGGAGAGACUCUGCUCUGGAGGGACACCGAUCCGAGCCGCAGACGACGAGAUAGUCUCACCUGGAAGGAGAUCAAAGCAGAUCGAGCUGCCAUGAUGCGGGAGGGCACUGAUGUGAGCUCCGUGAGAACGCAAAAGCUUCGCACGCGAUUCGGCAAGAGCGAUAGCUCCUCCUACAGCGAGGACAGCGAUGGAGAGCUGGAGACUGGGGCAGGAGGAGGAGGAGGAGGAGGAGGUUCCAGUACGGACACCAGCCUCUGUGAUGACGAUGACCCAAAGUCCACGGAGAAGAGUCCCAAGCAGAAGGCCAAGCUAGCACGCAAGCUCAAGGAGCAGAAGCAAUUGGCCGGUUCCAGGGACACGAGCUUGGAGCGGCAGAGACCCAAAUCUUGGGCUCCAAGCAGCCAAGAGAUUCCCUUCACGCUGAUGGGUACGGAUAGUGGCGACGAGAAGGAGGAGCAGGCGGCGAAAGAGCAGCCGGAUACCGGGGAUCAAGCGGAGGACAGUGCCACGGAAAGCGGUCAUUUCGAAUUCGACAGAGAAUUGCAAUUGGUCAGCGCCAAGAUAGAGCCACUAAAACUUCCUUACGACACCGCAUUCCCAGGCAUGCCCUCCGUUAGUCCCAUGCCGACGCCCCAAGAAAAGAGUGAAGCUGAAGAGGAUUUGCUGGAUGAGCGAAAGCCCUUCGAUGUGAGCGACGAUGGAGUGACAAACCAGUACUUCGAGAGGGUAAACAGCGUGGAGCGGCCCAAUCGUCUGGAAUUGUCCUACUCGCUCAACGAAGAGGAGACGGAUACUAAAGCAAUUUACCUAGAGGAGAGGGAGAAAGUUGAGGGGCACAGUGGUGAUAGGGAAUAUAAUUCCCUACCCCGUUUCUAUCCAAGAGCGGACGAUGAUGGUGUACAGGAUGACGGCAAGGUGCCACAGAUUCGGGACGACAACAUUCCAGGUGAGAACAAGGACGACUACAAAGAGCUGCUGAGCAUGACGAUAGAGGAAAACACUGGCUACAAGCCACCACCUCCCACAGCCAGCGCAUUGAGCAAUGCCAGCCGAAAGAGGCGGGAUCCUCGCCGCAAAACCUUGACUCGCUCAUCGACCAUCGAGAUCGAGGAACGGUAUCAGGCUCUGGAGCGCAGGAUCAGCCAGGAUCAGCCGAGUGAAGAUCGGAAGGCCAAGUACAUACCCAGCACAGCUGCUCUAGAGGAGCGCUUCAACACGCUUGAAAAGCAACUGAGUGCCGAGAAGCAACGCAAGGAGCAGACCGAUAUGGAGGCUGACCAGCCCAUCAAAUCCGACCGCAUUCCCUCCACCGCCGACCUGGAGUCCCGCUUUAAUUCCCUAACAAAACAAAUGAGUUCCAGCGAGAACUCUAGUUCCAAGACUCCCAUUGAUCUCAAGGACGCGGACCGGCCCAGUGGGAGCAGCUCCAAGAAGCAGAUGGAUAGCGAAAAAACCAGCAAGCUGCACCAAGCCGAGGAACCCGAAUCUAAUACAAAGGAAAGUGCAGGAGAAACAGAAGCCAGCGAUAGCAAAGAAAAUAAAAGUGACGAAAAGGAGGCGGAGCAACCACGCCUCAAGAAACUUCCAUCCACUGCAGAGCUGGAAGAUCGCUUUAAUGCCUUAGAACGCAAACUGAGUGUUCAGAAGAGCAGCCCAUCGAAAAACAAGAAAGAGCCACCUGAUGAGGGAGAAUCGAAGUCUACAAAGGAGCCAGAGAAACCAGAGGAGCCCGAAAAGGAAAUGGAGAAGUCUUCGGACUGUCAAUCACCCAUUGCUGCAAAGGAUCCCAAGAACAGUGAUCAGAAAAAACCCGAAACUAAGGAGACAACUCAAUCACCCACUGAAAACAAAGACCAGAAAGGCAAAGCCAAAUCCCCAAAAAGUGAAGAGCGCAUUGGAAAAGAAACCUCCAAGUCGAAAGAGGAUUCACAGGAAACUGAUUCAACUAAAAAGGUGGAAACCAAUCCAAAGCUUAGCUCAGAAAAAGGCGAUCACGCCCUAAAAGAAAAAAGGCAAGAAGCUCCAGGAAAAACCGAUAAAGAAACUGCUGAAACCAAAAACGAGAAUAAAAGUGAUUCCCAAAAGAAAGAAGCCACCAAGACUUCGGUUCCCCAAACUGAGUCUGAUUCGAAACCCGCUUCAAAAGAAAAGCCAACUAGCAAAGAUGUGGAACUAGAAAAGACUCCUCGAAAAUCUCCACCCUCCACUGAGGAAUUAGAAAAACGUUUUAAUGCCUUGGAAAAACAGAUGAGUACCACCAACUUAGAAACAACCAAAGAACCUGAUCAAACCAAAGCAGCAACAAAAAGUCAAUCUUCAAGUGCUGAAGAAAAGGCACAGAAGUCCAUGAAAUCUUUUGACGACAAGAUCAAAGAAGUUAAUGUGGCUAUUGAAAAGGAGCAGAAGAGAGUUGAGGUAGAAGAUCACGCUGAAAAGAAGCGCCAGAAUGUUGAAGAAGCGGUCAACAACAAUUUGGAAACCCCAAACAACAAAGUAAAGGAUUCCCAGCUACCAGAAGAGAGUGAGCAAAAGGGUAAGAAUCAGCGAAGAGCUUCUGAGCCACCGUCAACGGAGGAUCUGGAAAAGCGUUAUGAGACCUUGAAGCGUCGCAUGAGCAGCAAGAAUCAAUUCAGCGAAACCGUGGACGAGGCUCUCGAGCGGAUCCAGCAGGAGGUGAUCUCCGAGUCGGUGGAGGAAAAGAAGCCACCACCAACGACGGCGGAUCUGGAGAGCCGCUUUGAGGCCCUGCAUGGGGAUAGGAAAAACGUGGAAGCCAAAGUGGCCGCAACCAAGCACGUGGAUGUGGCCAUUGAGGCGCAUAUUCCAUCACCACCUCCGCCGCCACCACCACCAAAGGAACGCCCGGUCCUGGCCGCACCGGUUCUCCACCAGCAACAGGCUCUGAUCGAGGAGCUGCAGAGCAAGAUGCGCGGCCAAUCCCCCGGCGAGGAGAACCUCAAGCCCAGCGAGAUCAAUCCGCAGAGGAGGCAGAGAAGGCUACUGCAACGACCCACGCCCAUGGGCGAUGAGACCUCGGAAGCACCUGCAAACACGGCUUACUACAGAGCGGCAAACCACGAACAAUGGCAGCAGCGCAUGGUGCGUCGGUUCUCUGAUCUACCCUCUCGGGCGGAUCUGGAGAACCGACUGCAGUUCCUGGAGAGGCAACUCUACAAGAAGUUCUACAAGCAGCGCUGUGCAAGUGAUUCCGAAGUUGCAUCGAGGGUCAAGCUUCCGCCCGAGGACCAGCCGAGCACCUCUCGGCAGGCCAAGGAACUGGAAGCCGAGGGACAGCUGGAGCAGCGUGUCCUGGCAUUGGAGAAGCAGCUGAGUGAGAACAGUCUCAAGCUGCUGGAAGCGAUGAGGGAGCGCCAGAGGUCAGCGGACGACAGUGGCUCCCCCAGGAGACUGAGCACGGAGACAAUCGACGCCACCGGCAAGGAGCUUGUUAGAUACACCCAGAACAUUGGCGAGCUGGAGGAAGUGGACGCCCACAAGCCCAUCAACAUAAGCAUCAACAUCAAGAUGAUGGUCAACAAAGACAGCGAGUCCAAGCAGCCGAAGGGUGAGUCCAAGCCCACAACAGAGGAUCUGACUCGUCGCCUGGAGCAAUUGGAGCAGCAACUGCUGGAGGAGCGGGCCAAGAAUGGCUCCAUCCCACCAGAAGGGGAAGUGCUGGAGGAGAAACCAGAAAAGCUCGAGGAAAAGGAUUCCUGCAAUAAGCAGGAGAAGAACUGCCACAAUCAGCAUGUCAAAGGUGAUGAAGUCGAGAAAUCAGAAGUGCCAGUUGAGCGAAAAAUUGAACCUGCAGCGGCUAAGGAGACCAAAACCCUGGAAAAUGAAGAGAAAGCUCAAGCUCGAGCCAAAGAUGUGGAUACUCAAAAAUCUGUUAAGGGCCAGAAUGCAGUGGAUGACAAAAAAUCAGUUAAGGGCCAGAAUGCGGUGGAUGAUAAAAAUUCUGUUAAAGAUAAGAAUGUAGUGCAUGAUACGCAAACAGAUGGAGAAAGUUUGGAUAAAAAAGGGAAAACUCCUGCUAAGGAAAAAUCAGAAGAUGGCACUAAACAGAAGUCAGAGGCCAUCAAAGCUGAAGUUCCCAAGGAAACAUCCACCCAAGGGAAACCUUCCGAAACUAAGUUGGAAAAACGCAUAACUAGAGACCCCGUUGCUGAGGAAGCUUCAACUAAAGAGGCUUCCCCCAAAAAGGAAAAUCCUGAAAGUGGGGAACCCAAAUCCAAAGAAAAGGAAGCGACAAAGGCUGAAACAAAUAAAUCAAAGGAAACACCUUCAGUUGCGGUCUCCACCAAAGAAGGCAAAGUACCGAGCAAACAACUGCCAGAAAAAAAGGAAACAACCAAACACUCUCCCUCCAAAGAACUGCCCGAAAAAAUGGUUAUCAAUUCCACAGAUGUAGGACCCAUGGAACCCAACGGCAAAACAGUGGUACUGUUAAUGGACAACGAGCACAGAGCUUCGAAGGUGCGAAGAUUGACCAGGGCCAACACGGAGGAACUGGAGGAUCUGUUCCAGGCCUUGGAGAAACAGCUCAAUGAUCGAAAUCUGGUCAAAUCCGAAGACGGUCGCCUGGUACGAGUAGAUCCCAAGCCAAGCGCUGAGCAAGUGGAGCAGACUCAGGCUAUCUCUGAUCUCACCAAGGAAAUCGAGGAUUUUACCAGCGCCAAGCCGGAGGAGGAGAACCCGAAGGAGGCGGCAAAAGAAGACAAGCUGGAACCCGAAGAGCCGGAGGACUUCGACUGGGGACCCAACACGGUGAAGCAUCAUUUGAAACGCAAAACAGUCUACCUGCCCUCCACCAAAGAGCUCGAAUCUCGCUUCCGCUCCCUGGAACGCCAGAUAAAACUGCUUGAGGAUGUGGAAAAGAUCGACGUGGAGCAGCGGUUGAAUGAAUUCGAGCGUAAAAUUAAGCUGCAGUACUCGCUCUCCCACGAAAAGGAUUUGAACAAGUACUUGGAACUGUGUGAGGGAAAGGGACUGGAUGACGAUGAAGCCUUGCCUGUGGAAACCCCAACGAAGGCGGAGGAAGCUACCGCAACUAGAGAUCGUUCUCGCAGUCCUGGACGCAAGGCGGUGGUGUCCAAGUCUCCAUAUACUUCGCCAUCGCGAAAGGCCACCAUCAAAACUCCACAUACCUCACCCACCCGGAAGCCUAUCAUUAAAUCACCCUACACAUCUCCUGCCCGGAAGUCUGCCAAAUCGCCAUACACGUCGCCUUCCAGAAAUCGACAGAGAUCGCCUUCUCCGACGCGAUCACCGGACAGGAAGACGAAGAGAAGUCCCUACACUUCACCUGCCCGUCGCAAGCCGCAUCCUAACGAUCUUCCCAUAUCAGAUGAUUUGGAGUACAAGUAUCGAGUGCUUGACUUGGUUAGAUCCAAGUCCAAGGAGAACUUGGCCAAGCGAAUGAACGAUCCCAACAGAAAGGCGGCCAUUCAUCCCCUGGAAAUGAUUCUUAGUCCCAGUCCGGAUACGGAGGCGAUACCUACAACCGGUGAGCUAGAGCACAGAAUACGUGUCCUGGAUGAAAAGCUCAGGUCGCCAGCCAAGACCCGCUCAAAGUCGCGUUCCCGAUCGCCAACCAUCGAAGACAUGAAGCGUCAGAAGAUGAGAGAUGAGCAAAAGCCCAGGACACCUGUCCACAAUCUAGAAAGGAUUGUCAGCUCGCCUGGUAGACCAGAACCGCCCACUGCCGAGGAGCUCGAGGAGCGCAUACGCAUCCUGGAGCAGGAGCAUAAGUUUGACUUUAAGACCCAGAAGGACUACAAGGCAUUCAAUCAAAAGCUCAAGGACGUCAUCUCACCCUCGCUCUCCUUCGAGGAGUUCCGUUCGGCCAAGUCACGGGAGCAAAGUCCCCGCCGCCAUGGCCCCACUACGCCCAAGUCCGCCCUGCGUCGCGAUGAUUUCGAUGAGGGCUACUGUGGCGGUACCCACACAACCAGCCACUACCGCUCCACCAGCCCCAAGGUCAUUCGGUUCCGGGACGAGGACGAGGUCGAGGAUGCGGACCAGUUCGAAGAGGCACCCAGACCGAAGUCGCGUCAGGCCGGCGAUCGAAUGAAGACUCUUGCAGAUCAACCAUCGGCCACGCGCAGCUACGCCAGCAGCUCGGAGGGUCUGGAUGCCCUGGGUAGUCGCCUGAUGAGGGAAACCUCUCCGAUUACCCGAACCGGAACCCACACGGGCGUGCCACUGCGAACGGGGGAGAACAUCAACGACCGCCUGAGUUCGAUCAAGAACUCGAUCAAAUCGAUCGACACGCUGUGCGAGGAGAAGCCGUACCAGAAGGAGAAGUGCCAGCGCUACAUAGACUCGCUCUUCACGGACUCCCUGCACUUUGGCAGCAAGAAGAGCUCCCUGGAGGAUCUCAGUCUGAGCAGGAGUCUCAGUCGCAGCGAGAGCAGGGGAAGGAGCAUUCACAGGUCUGGUGACUAUGCGCCUUCCAUAAGGGUCACCUCCGAGCACAGAUCUUUGGGCUCGGCGGAUUCCCGAAGGAGUCCGUUGGGCCACCGGGACACGAGUCCCUUGCACCACAGAUCGCAUAGGGAUGUCAGCCGGGAGCUGUCCCCGCGGCGCAGGCGCUUGGAGGAGGAGGAUGAGGAGCGUAAGGAUCGGGAGAGCAGUAGGGUAAGACGUGAUAACUUGUUGCCAAAUUAUUUUGCUGAUAAUCGUAGCGAACUAAGUAGCGGGAGUAGUUUAACCGGGUUUAACCACAAAGUAGAUAGACAACUAGAAGAGACGUGCGCCAAGUAUGCGGACGAUCGACGCUCGGCCUGUCGCACACCGUUGAGCCACCCGUACGAGUCCCGCACCACAGCCACAGCCACAGCCACACGCCACAGCCACACAGAUCCAGUCCAGAUCCCAGCCAAGCCAGCAGGAUCAGCAACUGCAACAGACAGUUUCCCCCGGCCCGUGUCGCCAUAUCGCCAGCCGUACGAUCCCUACCAUCGGUCCCCUGGUGGCGCCGGUGGCACACCCCUCUAUCAGCCCGGCAAGCUGGAGAUCCGCCACACCACCGUCACCUCGACCUUCUACGAUCGGUUCCUCACCGAGAAGCAGAUCGAGCGGCAGACCCACUCCCGUCCGCCCAGUCGUUCCCCAGUGGUCUCGCCCUCGGUGCCAGCCAAAAGCUACGUGGACUUGUGCAGCACCACCUCCUCAGCCACAUCCACAUCCAGCACCUCCGCCUCCUCAUUCAUGUCCAGCAGCUAUGCGGGCCCCUCCUUUUCGCUGCCCUCGGCCAGCAACUAUUCCUAUUUGAAUCCGGUUUCGGGUUCGGGUUCGGGUUCGGGUUCGGGCAUCUCCUCUAUUUCGCCGCGCGCCAGUUGCUCGGAUCUCCGCUCCACCAGUACCACCUCCGUGACCACCUCCUCCUAUGCACCCUACAACUUCACCAGCUCCUUCACAUCUCGCUUGAGCGAUCCCAUUGCCACUUCCACUGCGAGUGCAGUGAGCACUAGUUCCCUUACCCACUCCACGGGCGUCUACAAUCCCAUGAUGUCCUUCACGCUGAGGGAACCACUGACCAGCAGUUCCCUGGGUGGCUCAAGUGCCUCUCCAUUGCUACCGUUUCAGUUCAACAGAACCUUCACUUCCAACUUCGACAAGGAGCAGAACAAACAAUAGAGGGAUGCACAUCAAUCGUUAACCAAAGGUUGUCCAUACACAUUAUUUUGCCCCCAUUAAGGAUCAAAACAUUGAUAGAUUCAAGGAAAUCGAGCUCAAAACUGUAGCACUGAGAGAAAAAUCUGUCUAAAACCCAUUUAAGUUCUUUUGUGCACAUUAUUAAUUGUUUGUGCUCCUAAAGAUAUCAAAUAAUCUACAAUUAUCCCAAAGUUAAAAGGUUGCCAAUUUCUUAACAAUUCUCGUACCAUUUUUGCCGAUUUUAGUUAGGUUUUUAUCUCAGUCAGUCUAACUUUCGCCAAGCAAUAUAAAUAUAGUAAAAAUAACAAACAGUUUUAGGCACUUAAAUACCUAAACAUAAAUACCUAUAUAUCUACAAGUACGAGUAUAUACAAACCUUGCAAAUCGGAUAUUUAUUCUUCAAGCGAACUUGCACCAAACCAUUUUGGCUUCUUGCAACUUACCUCAUCUACAUUGACAGCACCAGCAACUCAACUAUUCAUAACUUAGCAAAGAUUUUUAUACAAUAUAUAUCUACGUAUAUACAAAGAAUAUAGCUAUCGAAACUGUAACCAAGUGCGAAGAGGAGGGCAAGAUGUUAAUCCAACUUUUUUCAGCGUUAACCAAAGUUUAGCUCUAAUUCCUUCAACGACUUUGACUUUAGACCACUCAAUUAAACUUAAACUUUUCCUUAAAAUUAACUAAUCAAUUACGUGGCUUACACUAGCCAACAAAUACCCAAAUACCCAAGAAAUCAACACACACACACACACUUUGAAACGGUGUAAAACUGCAAGUGCAUUUUUGGGCCGAGUUAGUUGAUUAUUCAAUACGUUAACUGACUGACACAAGCCGUAAAAUUAGUUUACCAACAUUGUUAAAUACACACGCAGCCAUAUAUGUACCUAUACCAAUUGAACGAUAUAUAUUGUAUUUAAUUACGUACACAUACCAAUUGCAGUUGUUGAAUUUCAAUUAUGCAAAAGACACGAUUACGACUAUGAGUAAUAGGCAAGAAAAAGCGAACCCGAAU